AAUCUUUGUGAAUUAUAAUAUUAGCGAAAAAUAAGAUAGUCCUUCGGUAAAAAGAAUCCACCUGCUACAUUCUCAGAUUCAAACUCUAUGUUGGCCUACGAAUUUAUGGGUCAAAAAAUGUGCAGUUGUUGGAUAAAAUACCUGUUUAUAUUAUAAAAAGGAUUAUAUUGUUAUUAAAUGUGUAUGAUGGGGAAAUAAUUUAUGGAACAAGUGCUACUUGACUACACACUAUUCAGUUUCAAUUAUUUUAUAAAUAUUAUUGCGUAAAUAUUAUUGCGUUCGUGCACUUUGUAUGAGAAACGUUGUUCAUUUUUGAGUGCUUUCCAAACGAGGACCGAAAUAGAUACGUACGAGAAUAGUCGGUCUUCCAUCGCUCUUUCGCUUCUUUGCAAUUUAAAUUUAAUUCUCCGGGCUAUUUGACCACACCUGUUUUUUACGAUUAAUCGUAUCAAUAAGAGUUACAGUACAAAGUCUAUGAAAAAUAUCAAACGAAUGCACGACAUAUAAAUACAGAAAAUGAAAUAAACUAAGCAAAGGAGAAGUAAAAAAUCGUUGAACUAAAAAACGAACUAAUUACAUCUAACUACAACUUGAUGAUUGAAUAUAUAAUAAACGAUUUAUAAGAUAUUACAAAAACUCCAGAAAGAUAAAGAAAGACAAGCCUCUAUUUUUUAAAUAGGAUCUUUCAAGAAAUCUCGUCUCUUGAAUCGUAAUCUCCAAAUUUUAAUUAUGAAUUAACAAUUAUUAGUUCUCAACUUGCAACUUUUAAAUACUAUAACUUCUAAUAUUAUAAAACAAAAUAAUACGAAUAGUGAUGUUAAACGUGAGUCAAUAAAGAAAUUAUUGCAUUUCUCACGAAGCGUGACACAUCUUUGCUGGUUCAGUUUUCCGCGUAAAAGUUGCGCAAUGACUUAUUAUUUUUUUUUUUCUUUAAUUGACACUUUAACUACUAAAGUCUUUAGCGCUCGGAUUUCAUAAAGCGUUAACUAUCAAUCUAUUGCUGCGCUCAGGUUUUCAAAGUAAUUGACAAAACCGCGGUUCAAUCUUAUCUGCCCCGCGCAACUAAUUAUGCACUACGUCACGUCCUUCUUUCGUGGUUCAUUUGCACGCGCUUACCAUGUUCACGCUCACGCUCGCCCACGCGCACUCUCGACGAUUUAUUUUCGCUCGACGAUUCUCGCGGCGAUCACGCGUUGCCGCAAUCUCGACAGAACCUUGGUCGAGCGCGCAAAAUGACGGACGUCGAUUCCGAGCGAUCUAUAGAUCGAUCCUUGCCGUAGACCUUUAUAAUAUACGUAUAUUGCAUGUUGUGAUUGAAUCCCGAAUUAAAAGUUAAAGUUAAAUACUAUCGAUGACGAUGUGUCGAGUGAAUUUGUGAGUGAUAAAAGCAAUUGUGAAAUGCAUGGUGAUAAAAUGAAACUGAUAAGAUGAUCACUCGAACUUGUAAAAGAAUUCAUUAUUGUGUGAUGCAUAAUAAAAAUCACCAUGUUAAGACAAUAAUUAUUAGUAGAAGAGGAUUAAGAUGAGAGUGAUAAGAAAAGAAAGAAUAUUCCAUGAAGAUCAUGAGGAUGAACCCUCGACUAUCAUAGAGCCAGCAACUGCACCCCUGGACGAGUUAUUGAUGCACACGUCGACGCCGACAGCCGAAGUUGCAGUAAAGGUAUGCGGCGAUGACUCUGCGGAAGAAACAGGUGAAAUCAUCGAUCAGAAAAAGCGGGACAUUCUAAGCACGUUCAAAAGGAGAGCCUUCAGCAGAAUCAGCUUCAAGGGCGAGUCGGGCCCUUUAUUAAGUAGGUACCGCCAAACCAGAUUUAGUUCCAGAAGAGUUCGCAAAAGGGUCGUUUUUAAGCAUGGUGACUGUAACAUUGUGCAGGGAAACGUCGCCAAACGACGUCGACGAUAUCUCCAGGACAUCUUUACAACGCUCGUGGACGCACAAUGGCGAUGGACACUCUUGGUGUUCUCCAUGAAUUUUCUGUUAUCUUGGCUAGGAUUUGCGCUCGUGUGGUGGCUGAUCGCGUACAGCCACGGCGAUCUUGUUCCUCAGAAUUAUAACAAUGAAACAUUCGUCCCCUGCGUCAUGGAUAUUCGCAGUUUUGCCAGCUGCUUUCUUUUCUCCGUCGAGACGCAACAUACGAUCGGAUACGGAUCAAAGCAUAUAACAGACGUGUGCCCGGAGGCGAUUUUCACAUUGUGCAUCCAGUCAAUGACCGGGGUGAUCCUGCAAGCCUUCAUGGUCGGCAUCGUCUUCGCUAAACUGUCGCGCCCCAAGAAGCGCACGCAGACCCUGCUCUUCUCGCGCAACGCUGUUAUCUGUCAACGUGACGGCCAGCCCUGUCUCAUGUUCCGCGUCGGCGAUAUGCGCAAAAGCCACAUUAUCGAGGCCCACGUUCGCGCUCAAAUGAUCAAAAGAAAGAUUACGAAGGAGGGUGAAUUAUUGCCGUUCUUCCAGACCGAAUUGAAGUUAGGAAGUGACGGGGAGGAGGACAAGAUCUUUUUUAUCUGGCCCACUACGAUCGUUCACAAAAUCGACCGGCACUCGCCGCUUUAUAGGAUAUCAGCCAACGAUAUGUUGCGAGAACGCUUCGAAAUUGUCGUGAUAUUGGAAGGGAUAAUCGAAUCUACCGGCAUGACGACGCAGGCGAGAAGCUCGUACUUGCCGUCGGAGAUUCUUUGGGGUCACCGAUUCCAACCUAUCAUCACCUUCCGAAAGGAAACCGGCGAAUACGAGGUCAAUUAUACUCUCUUCAACAACACUUAUGAAGUGGAUACUCCACUUUGCUCCGCCGCCGAUCUCGAUCGCAUUCGAGAGAUUCAUCGUGCGAAAGCUGAUCGUCCUAAUUCGAGUGGAUUUGCGGGCUAUCGCGAAGCAUCGAGUAGCAGUUCCUUAACGAUUACUUCUGGAUCGAGUUUGGGUUCUUCGAUCGGUGGAUUGCACAUGCAAAUGCCGGAAAUACCGAUAACUCCUCCAAACCCAAUUCCAGUGAUGAUCAUCGGACCAGAUGGUUCCUGUAGACGAGAGAGCGUCAACAUGCAUUCCGAUGUGUCUCAGUCAUCUUUCUACGCGCAAAAUGCGACGACAAACGAAGAACACGCGGAGAAUUCGAAACAUCAAGACAAUUACAGUCGCGUUUUAAAAGAUAUCAACAUAUCUUCGGGGAAAAGUAGGAAACAAAAUGGGAACGAGGAGAAAAUGCAACGAAAUGCAUCGAGGACAACGCUAGAUUCGAGAAGAUCCGAAGAAACCAGAUCGAUCACGGAAAAGACUCGUGGAGGCGAUCUAAAGAAACCAUCAGACGUGGAUAUCAGCGUGGAUGUUAGCAAAAAACAGAGGAACCUUACGGACUCUUCGGAGAUGCAGCUUGAUUCUAGUAGGCUCCAAAGAUCUAGCUUGUGUGAUGAUCAUAAGGUCAAAGACGUUCCCAAGAAAACAAGCUUUAGUCUCGAGGAGGAAGCGCUCGCGAAUCGUGAUCAUUUCCAAAAGACAACUAUAACUGAUCAGGCAUAGAAUCAGCAAUAACCCGGUGCACAGGACGAUCCAGCGAUGCCGAGUGAUCGGCAGCUCAUCUCGAGGAUCAACCCGAAAUCACAACAUUUCAAAUAAU